AUGGCUCGAGAUGAUAAAAGAAAGUUUAGAUCAACAAAGAGAAAGAAAAAGAGAGGAUUUUUUGGGAAAAGACCGCAAGAAAUUUCGACAUCUGUGAACAACAUUGAUAGCACUACACAUUUGAAUCCUGAAAGUUCUGCGGCCGUUACCGCCAUUUCUACCUCUGUUUUGCCUUCGGAAAGGGAAAGUAUUUCAACAAAAAAUUGCUAAACAGCUCUUUUGAAAAAUUUGAGAACAACGAACAUGUUUUCACUCGUCAACAAGCACGACAAGUCGGUCUAGGACCCGUGCCCAGUGUAGACGUCGCUUCUGGCUACAAAAUACAGGAUGCCGAACUUUUGAGCAAGUGUAUCUCAGAUGCGGCAGUUUGUAGCUCCUGCUGUAAACCUUCUUCUAAGCUCCAACUGUUUCAGAGAAAUAAAGAAAGAGAAGGUUUGUCAGAGUCUUUAUUUUUGAAAUGUUCGUCUUGCAAGAUUGAAACCCCGUUGUCAACAAGCAAACGUUUGGGUGGCAAAGGUGGAGGGGCACAUGAUGUAAAUCGUCGGUCAGUGUUGGCAUCUUUGGGACAAAGUGGACUAACUAACUUUUGUGCUACAAUGAAUUUACCUCCUCCUGUGACCAAAAAGGCAUACAAUGAACACCUCAUACAAAUUGAAAAGGCAGCCAUUGGAAAUGCUGAGCAGCAAAUGCAAGAUGCCGCCAGGAGGUUGAGAGAGAAGGUUGCUAGGGAACAACCGAAUGAUAUUGUAGAUGAUGUUGCUUCUGUCGCAGUGACUGUUGACGGUACAUGGCAGAAAAGAGGCCACUCAUCAAAAAUUGGAGUCAUUUUUGUGAUUUCAGUUGACACUGGUGAGAUUUUGGAUUAUGUAGUGAAGUCUCUUUUCUGCCAUGAGUGCAAGGCUCACAAUGAUGAUGAUAAGGAUUCGGACAAAUAUAAAGAAUGGAAGCAGGCACAUGAGACAAGGUGCCAAAUUAAUCAUCAUGGGUCAUCUGAGGAAAUGGAAGCUACUGCUGCAGUUGAAAUAUUUAGUCGCAGUAUUUCAUCGAGGAAAUUGAAGUACACAACAUUUGUAGGAGACGGAGACAGCAGUAGCUUUGGUCGGGUAAAGGAAGCAUUGGAGAAAAAAUUUGGUGUUGAUUAUGUUAUAGUCAAAGAAGAAUGUGUUGGACAUGUCCAAAAGAGACUAGGGACUGCUCUGAUAAAGUAUAAGUCUGAUAUGAAAGGGAAAAAGUUAUCGGAUGGAAAAACAGUUGGAGGUAAGAAUCGGUUGACAGACAAGGUGAUUGACAGAAUGCAGAACUUUUAUGGCAAAGCUAUCAGGGAAAAUAAAGGAGAUCUAGAAGGAAUGCAACGUAGCAUUAGGGCUAUCCAGAAUCAUAUGAUAAAAAACAAUGCAUCUCUUGAUCAACAGCACCAGUACUGCCUAAAGUCUGGUGAUACCUGGUGUAAAUACUGGAAAGACAAAACAGAAGACACAUCAACGUAUAAUGAGGACAAUCGUUUUCCAGACUUGUUUAUGAAAGAACUUGAACCAAUUUUCUCAAGACUAUCAAAGGGUGAUCUUCUAAAUAGGUGUCUAAAAGGAAUGACACAGAAUCAAAAUGAAGCUGCAAAUGGAAUGCUUUGGUCUCGAUGUCCAAAAACAAAGUUUUGUGGCGCAAGAAGAGUAAGAAUUGCUGCAUGUGAAACAGUGACUCUCUUCAAUACUGGUGCUGCAAGCAAAGCAGAUGUUAUGGAGUUGUGUGGUCUUACCCCAGGUAUAAACACCAUGAGAGCACUAAGACAGCAAGAUUGCACCAGAAUCAAGAAUGCGGCCAAGAAAGUAACCUUGAAGUACCGAGAUCAAAGGCGGAAACUUCGUGCACAACGGAAGUCGAAAGCUGACAAGACUGCUUACCAACCUGGUGGAUUCAGCCUGAAUGCACAACCAGAUAUCCCUGUGGAAAAACCGAAGAAAAGGAAAAGAACUGCCAAGGUCCAGAUCAAAUUUGUUAUGCCUACUAUGGAAGUAAUCGGUCAUACCAAAAAACGCAGAACUUAA